AUGGUAGCUCUAACUAUACUAUGGUUGGCACUGGCACUAUUGCUGGGGCCCAUCGUCGGUCAACCCGCCCAUGAUAAUGUUAGCCUUAGCCUUAAUAGCACCUUCAUGCCUUUGGCUCCGGGUCCAGACCCCAUUCCCCCUCCCGAUCUUGAUCCUAAUCAUAUGGGCUGGAUCACAAAAUGGGCCGCUAUCGGUGAUAGCUUCACUGCAGGGAUCGGAGCUGGUCAAUUAUACAAUCAAAAUGAUGAUGACAAAACAUGUUCUCGGUAUGACAAGUCGUAUGUCCCACUCCUCCAACGGGUCAUUGGUCCUUCCCCAAAAAAGUUCCAAUGGCUGGCUUGUUCUGGGGCCAAGACAAGAGAUAUCCUUGAGCAAGUCAAAAAACUCGACAACGCCAUGGAUUUGGUGGUGAUGACAGCGGGAGGGAACGACCUAUGCUUGGUUGACGUUCUCAAGUCUUGUAUUUUUAUGGCUUGGAGCGCAGAUAAAUGCAAAGAUGCUAUUGCGAUCGCUGAGAAAAAUACCAAGGAACUCCUAGAGCCAAGGCUCACAGAGAUCCUUCGGGAGCUUGAAAAAAAGAUGAAACCCAGCAGCGGUAUUGUGGUCGUUGCUAGCUACGCUCAGUUCUUCCAUGAUCAGCCAACGGAAGUUGAUGAAUGUGCAAAACAUCAUCGCUGGGGAUUCCCACCAGUUGGAGGCCCUUGGGAGGGGAUUCCGCUGGACUUGGGAAAAAGACAAGUACUCAAUAAGUUGGUCCAGCUUGCGAAUGCAGGCAUCGAUAGAACAAUUGACCGGAUGAGAGAGCAAGGUGUGAAGUACAGGCUGCGUUUCGCAGAUUGGGACGACUGGGCCUCCGAUUCCCGGGUGGCUGGGCAGUUCUGCUGGCCAGGGUCUACUGGAGAGUACCCUGACGACAAGCAGCCCAAUCUGCAGUUCUUCAAACCGGAUACCAAAAAGCGCGCAAAACACGAUGAGGUGAAGAAGAGGGAGAUCACGGUAGACAAGGGUCAGCCGGAGCCCGUCAUAGAAGAGACGCACUACAGCGUCAAUGAAAGCCUCUACAAUGCGGAUCCUGCGGCCGAGGUCCUGCACACGCUCGGGGGUAGGGACCCGUACGAUCGUUGCAUGGCAGAUCACGACAACAAGCGAGACUGGGGAUUUGGGCUUCCAGAUCGGUGGGGAAAGUUUUUUCACCCCAAUGAGAAGGGCCACGUAACGAUCGCGUCGUUCGUGCUCAAUGAGAUCGUCUCCGCGCGGGCAUCACUUCUGGCUGUGGACAAUCCGAUCUGCAAUGAAGGGGAGUUGGACUACUUUCGUUGUAGGGUGACUGGACGCAAAUCCCUCAGACAUUAUGCACAAGUAGGCUUGGUGGAUGGAACCUACAAGACAUACUGCGACGAAGUCAAGCCGCCCGAAAAUGUGGCUAACUGGCACGACGAGCGCGUUUUCUACGAGGGCACACCGGAAGAGCACAAGUACUCCAUAAAGCUCAAGAAUGGUGCUAAGCAUUUUAGCAAGCAAGAAUGCAUUAAUAGCUUCUUGAGAAUUGUUCAUGGGUGCGACAUCUAUCGCGACGACAACCCGCUGUCCCUCAAGCACGGGGGGACAUGGAGAAAAGGGGAUUACACAUACGAUCUGGAGAUGGGCCGUACUAAGCGCCCUUGGCCUGUUCCGAAACCUACUGGCUCAUGCUUCGGAUGGUAUUAUUAUGCUUACGCAAGAUAUUAUAUCAAGGGUAAAAGUUGGGGCACCACUGACCAUGGUAGAGCACUCCGUGAUGCGGCGAAAAGCUGUGUCGGAGGAGGUCUCACAUUCUGGGAGUUCAAUUACUUCCACAAAGCCGAUUCGGACGGUUAUGAAUGGGAGGCAAAGUUCUCGACGCCCAUUUGGGUACUGUGGAGAUGUUUCAUGAACAACAAGGUCUUCAGGGAGAUUGGGGCACCAGAUAUUGGGUGUAGAGGCAAUGACUUUCCAUACUAAUCUUUGAAUGGUUGGGGGAUGUAACAGAUGGCAUUAAUGUUAAUUAGCUGUGGAAGUCAUGAUAAGUAACAAAGGGAAU